CCAGCCCAGAUACACGUCGAUGAAGACACAGCGCACUCACCGGCGCAAACUGAGCUUCGCCUCCUCGAAAGAUGCCGCCCCGGUAGCGACCGUCAAGGUCGAGUGUGCCCCCGAGCGGCCUAUAAAGCGACGCAAGCGCCAGUCAUACCGUCGUUUUGUCAGUCCGGUGCCGAUACGACUCGAAAACAGCCUCCCUGCAGCCAUGUGGGGCAACAUUCAAGAGCAAUUCGCAGCAGCCAAGAGCCUGGGGGACAUGUACGUCUAACGAUACUGCCGUAGAAGGAGAUACAGCUGACGUGGAGCCGUGAUGCCAACCAGAACGCGCAUUGUGUUGCAGUUCUUCACAGCGCACGAGAGCCUCCAGGGCUCUUCGACCGGACCUGUGUUUCCCAUCUUCGUUCCGUCCAGUGGGAUCUACAAGAUGAAGGUGCCGAGAAAGAGACGCAUCUACGACGUACUGCACGUGCUGGAAGGUAUAGUUUCUGUGGGUUUCUAGGAAGAGGAACGAGGGUAUGAGAACGUUUACGACUACAGGGAUUGGAGUCAUCAAGCGGGUUCGCUACGACGAUAGACGCCGGACAAACGGAGGCUACUUCUUGUACUAUGGGAAAGCUGCGGUGGUGCAAUAUCUGGCGGAGAUGAAGAGCAACUCGGCUCAAGUGAUGGCAAACUUCCGAAAAUCUCGUCGAUCUAAGCGGACCAGCAUUGUGGAAGAAGACAGUGCUCUUAUGAGAGUUUUCGAGGACCAGGCGGCAGCUGGCAAGUGGCCGUGCUUGGUGAAUAUGACAGUCUGCUUCCUGGGCUUGCUGUUUCAGCAAGACUGUCAAUAUGAGGUGGGAUUACCCACCUUAAGUGCCCGUCUCGGUGAAGCAAAGAAGUUUAUUGGUACUUUGCUGUCGAACUCGUCCACAGAGGCUCCUUACCGUGACGUGCACCGCCGGGUGUACGAUGUGGUGUCCGUGCUGGUGAGCUGCAAUAUGAUAUCGACGUCAUCCGCACCUUCUUCCGAGCCUAUGGACAAAGGUUUGCGAAAGUUCAUCCGAUUCAACUACGACAUUUUCACGGACCCACGGAUCCUGUUUGCCGCAUCUGACUCCGUGGAGCAGUGGGUCGGCGAGACGAGCGAUGAAUCGAUGUUUGGUGAUAUGGUGACCAGCUUGUGUGACCUUAAGAGCCCGAAGCCGGAGGUUCUAGAUGACCGCAUGGCUUCUACUCCGCUGACUUACUGGCAAAGUCUGCACAAAGGAACAUCUUUGACUGGCUCGACAGUAUUUUCACCGGUGACCAUUCUACAGUCCGAACUGCUUCCGUACAACGAAGGCAAGGAAGUGGGUUUACAGCGCGGCUCAAGCUCACCGGGAACCGUCGCGAGAUGUCGACCAGAGGAAGCAGCACGUGUUCAAGAUUUCUUUUCUCCUCUGGGAAGGUUGCCGAAAGAGAACAAUGACUGGUGUGUCGAGUCACUGAAGCAACUCGGACUGUACGAUGCUCUUCCUGCCGAUGACAAAAUCGAUUGGGAGCUGAACAAGCAGUUGAAGGAAAACUAUCGUGAGAUGUGGGGCUGCCAGUACCCAGGAACAGCUUCAGUCGAGUUGCAACCGGUUGACAGAAUGAAGGUGAGGGUGGUAGAUCUCGAGUGCUAUGAAGUACUGGAUGGUGACGUAAUUGGGAACACCGCCAAUUUCUUUUGCUGAUCACGCCGCUGUGGUCGGAGCUUGAUUUUGGCGACUGCGUAACUUCACAACACACUUUUGCAAGUCGGUUAUAUUGUUUGCACUGCGUUCACUUGCAACUGCAUCGCUACAGCACUCCACAAAUGAAGUUGGAUUAAGCAAAACUCGACCGUCGAACUGCCAAGAGGAUUCAGACUCCCAGCCAACGCUUUUUGAUUGUGUCGUGGCCCACGUUAACCUUGGUAACAUCAGCUUCCGAAUCAAGCGAGAUUACAGUGGUCUCAGGUCCGAAUCUCGUCCUAGGAACCGUAACGAGUUGCAACGGUGUCGACCAAGUCGGUGCAACAUGUUCAGUCCGCAGAUUGCAGUUUUCUUUUUCAUGAACCACUUUGCUGCGCUCAGUUACAGGCGCGCCGGUUUUCGAGCUGAUACUGGCCAUGCCAGCGCAUGGCAUGGCAUGGCAGUAUCUGCAAACUUUGUGAUUAAGGGAUAACGAAGACUUCAGAUUGCUCUGCACCAUAGACUAUGGUCCAUAGUCAGUUAGUCAGUUGCUUAGUCUAGCGCCGCCAACCGUCUCACGCUCUCUUCUCAAGGUGAACUUGGCCGUUAUUUCUGGUCGCUGGGAGGUAGCUGCACUAGCGCCGCGCUGCUGCUGGAGAUCGCAUUGCGCGGCAUGUAUCUGCUCCUUGAUCAGAUCCAGUUGCGCUUGGGUGGCCCUCUGUUCUACUCGCUCUGUUCUCUAGCUGAUCUCGGAGCUCGAUGUUUUCGGCUUGUGCUGGCUCUAGCUGAUGCUUCACGGUGGAGAACUCGAUUAGCAAGUGGCGAACCAUUAGGUUUGAACGUUUUGGUGCGUUGGUCCAAGUCAGUGUUGUAGCUCACUUCCUUCAACGGGCAUCAACUCCAAUAAUGUCAACAAAUAAUGUUACUGUAUCACUUCAACUUGGACGAUAAAAAAGGCAACAGAAUUACAUGCA